UUGGAAACUGUUGAUAAACAUGUUGGAAUACGAAAACGAAAUCUUCCUUGAAAUCCUUCAGGAGGAUGGAUUAGUUAUUAUGGCUAAGGGUCUUGGUAUAGAAACUAUUUUUGCAAAUGUGAUAAAAGCUUACUCGGAUCCGGGCAAUCUGGUAAUAAUCCUGGGAACCACUGAUCACGAUGAACGUUACUUUAUUGAUCUUCUUAAAAGCUAUGGAACAAGUAAAUUACCGCUCGUAGUCAAUGCUGAAUAUUCUUCUAAUGAAAGGGAAGUGAUGUACUUGGAGGGUGGAGUGCUGUUUAUAUCGGGUCGUAUUUUGGUGGUAGAUCUAUUAAAAAACAGAGUUCCACUGCACUUGGUCACCGGCAUUCUCGUAUAUAGAGCCCACAAUAUUCUGAAUGCUUAUCAAGAGGCAUUUGCGCUGCGUUUGUACAGACAAAGUAACAAGACUGGAUUUAUCAAGGCGUUCACGAAUUCGUCACUGGCUUUCACAGUUGGGUACAUGCAAGUGGAGCGAAUUAUGAAAACUCUGUUCGUGAAGAAAUUAUAUUUAUGGCCGCGUUUCCACGCUACUGUCAACAAUUGCUUGUCGAAGCGCGAGCCCGAGGUUAUAGAGCUCCACGUGCAGAUCACACCGAAGAUGCAGAGCAUUCAAACCACUUUGCUCGACGUUAUGAAUUAUAUCGUGAAAGAAUUGAAGAGGCUCAAUAAAUACUUGGAUUUAGACGAAUUGACCGUGGAGAACGCAAUAGCAAAGAAGUUUCACAAGCAGUUACACUUGCAAGUAGAUCCAAUCUGGCAUCAGCUCAGUACGACGACCAAACAAUUGUUUUCCGAUUUAAAAACCUUACGUUCCCUGAUUAUAUCUCUGACGUACGAGGAUUCUGUUUCAUUUUAUGCCAUGCUAAAUCGUUUACGGACAAUGGAAUACGCCAUGAAAUCCGGUGGUUGGAUAAUGUUGCCCGAAUUCGAGAAUCUGUUUAAAUACGCUAGAAGCAGAGUUUACACGGAAAAGACUGAACUGAAACCAGAACCAAAUCCAAAGUGGCAAGCUUUAUCAGAAGUCUUGGUUGAGAUUCAAGAACAGAAGCAUAAAAAAAAAGACUACGAGAAUAUCGAUAAGGCUCUUAUCUUGGUGCAUGAUAACAAUAUAUGUCGCCAAUUAAAGAAUUAUUUAACUAUGGGUGCAAAUGAAUACUUACUUUACGAGGGUCUGAAAAAGCUGUCGCAUAAUAAAGAGCAAAAAGCGAGUGGUAGAACAAAAGGCAAAGGAAAGAGUACAAAAGAUCAACCAUCGACGUCUAGUAAUACCGCAGAAAGUAAUACAGAUGAGGAAACGCAAGAGGAAACUCAAGAUACUUAUGUGCUCACAUUGUCGCAAAAGUGUCCAGAAGGAACCCAGCCAAGCACUUCCACAGAAGAUGUAAAACAUCAGACAUUGUUUGAAGAAUGUUCGCAAAUUGCAGAUUUAGAUUUAACUAGAGAAAAUUAUGCUGCAUCCGCGCCUAUCGUUUUCAUACAAGCCAUAAAGAAAGGAGGGGAUCCGAUGGCUUUACAACGAAUGUUAACCGAGCAUAUGCCAAACAAUAUUAUUUUGUACGUAACCGAUAUUGGUGUUGUGAGACAAUUGGAGGUAUAUCAGAAUAAUAAUCCGUCGUUAGAAUUGAAAGUAUAUUUUUUAAUUUACGGUGGAUCGGUUGAGGAACAAGAGUAUCUUACCUCCUUACGACGGGAAAAGGAUGCAUUUCAUUCUUUGAUUACUACGAAAACUACCAUGGUUGUGCCAGAAGAUCAAGAUGGAAAAUCGGACGAUUGUUUGGCUCUUGCAAUUCAGUCAGAUGAUAAAAAUCAGGAGGAAAAUACGCGUAAAGGAGGAGGGCAAUCUCAACCUGAAGUCAAAAUAAUUCCAAAAGUUAUUGUCGAUAUGAGGGAAUUUAGAAGUGAAUUACCAGCUAUUCUCUACUCGCGCGGUAUAAAAAUUGAACCAGUGACAUUAGUGGUGGGCGAUUAUAUUCUAACACCAGAAAUAUGUGUUGAGAGAAAAAGUAUAUCUGAUUUGAUUGGUUCUUUAUUUUCUGGGAGAUUGUAUAAUCAAGCAGUUUCUAUGACGAGACAUUACGCUAAACCCAUGCUCCUAAUAGAAUUUGAUCAAAAUAAACCGUUUUCUUUUCAGGGAAAUUACUAUGUUAGUAGAGAUCUUAAAAGUAAUGAAAUAACAGCAAAACUGCAAUUAUUAACUCUUCAUUUUCCUAAACUAAAAAUUAUAUGGUCUCCUAAUCCACAUGCUACAGCGCAAUUGUUUGAAGAAUUAAAGCAAGGACGAGAUCAGCCCGAUGCAAACGUAGCCGCUAAAAUUGGAGCAGAUGAAGAGACAGAAAACAAGCAAGUAAUGGCAGAAAAAUAUAACUCUAAUAUCCAAGAUUUUAUAGCUAAAUUGCCGGGCGUGCAUUCGAAAAAUUUGCGUGUUCUACUGAAUAAAGGGGAAUCAUUAGAUCAUCUUAUCAAAUUGUCACAAGAAGAACUAAGAGAAAUACUUGAAAAUAAAAAUGACGCUGAAUUGUUAUAUAAAGCUCUCCGUGAGAAAUGUUUACCGACAGAUGAAGGUGCGGGAACCAGCAAAGGUGUUUCUAAAGUACGUGGUAAGAGACUUUUCUCAAAAAUAAGCAAAUAAUGUGAAUAAUAUAUCCUAAUAGAUAUUUUUUAGUGUAACAUAUUUUAAGAUGUUAAUAACCAUAAAUUACAAUCUAAUACACAUA